CCUCCCUGCCAGAAAAAAAGUCCAUCCUGGCAGCAGGCGCUGGGGGAGCUGGCUGGCUGUGGGAGCUCCAUAUGCAGCAGCCACUUUGUUGAGCACCUUGAUCACUCUGCUCUGCUUCUCCUUCCUGUGAGCCUCUCUCCAGCUCAUGAUCUGCUUCUCCCCUCCAUCACCCCUCUGCGCUUAUUCUCUGAUUGGAUUUCUACCUAUCCAUGAUCACACAGAGAGCAGAUUGAUCUGCGGCUGGUGGGUGCCCCAGAGGGGAGGGGUGGAGGCAGGACACUUUUAUUUCCUUGCAUGAGUGAGGACAGAAGCGAGAAGGCACAGCUGAGCGAGAAUAAGGGCAGAAAACACUGUCGUUAUUGACCUGCCCCCUCCCCUUUUCACCCUGAUCCGUGUAACUCAGUCAGCUCGGUGAUUCUCUGCUUCUGCACCCGGAGCUGCCAUGUCCUAUCCUCAGGGUUACCUCUACCAGCCUCCCGGCUCCCUAGCGCUCUACUCCUGCCCGGCGUACGGGGCUUCAGCGCUGGCCGCCCCCAGGAGCGAGGAGCUGGCCAGGUCAUCGUCCGGCUCCGCCUUCAGCCCCUACCCGGGAUCGGCUGCCUUCACUGCCCAAGCGGCCACGGGCUUCAGUAGCCCCCUGCAGUACUCCAGCGACCCGGCCGGAUUCCCUUCUUACAUGGGAUCGCCUUACGAUGCGCACACAACUGGCAUGACUGGGGCCCUCAGCUAUCACCCCUAUGGAAGUGCAGCUUAUCCCUACCAACUUAAUGAUCCUGCAUACAGGAAAAACGCUACCAGGGACGCUACCGCCACCCUAAAAGCCUGGCUGCAGGAGCACAGGAAGAACCCUUACCCCACCAAGGGGGAGAAGAUCAUGCUGGCCAUAAUCACCAAGAUGACCUUAACCCAGGUCUCAACGUGGUUUGCCAAUGCCAGAAGGAGACUAAAGAAGGAGAAUAAGAUGACCUGGGCUCCCAGGAAUAAAAGCGAAGACGAAGAUGAUGAUGAAGGCGAUGGGGAAAGGGUUAAAGAAGAACAAUCGGAAAAGGCCCAAGACUGCAAUGAGACUUCAGCAGAGGACGAAGGUAUCAGUCUGCACGUUGACUCCCUGACAGAUCAUUCUUGUUCGGCUGAUUCCGAUGGAGAGAAGUUGCCUUGUAGGGCCACCGACCAUCUUUGCGAAUCGGGGUCCGAAUCUAAAGAGAAAUAUGACGACGAUGAAGACGAAGAGGAAGGUGAUGAAGAAGACAGAGUGCUCCCAGUUAAACCUGCAACCUCAUCCCCACUCACAGGUGUGGAAGCACCAAUUCUAAAUCACCAACAGGACGGAAGCCCAAGAAACUCAAAUAAGACAAGUUUGGACAAUGGAAUGUCUCCAAGUUCGCAGACACCAGCCAGCAAACCAAAACUGUGGUCACUAGCUGAAAUAGCCACCUCGGAUCACAAGCAUUCUAACCUGGGUUCUGUCUUAUCUUCUGCCACUUCUUCCGCAGCUCACAAUCCCAGCUACCCCUCCUCUUCACUCCUAGGGAGGCACAUAUAUUAUACAUCGCCUUUUUAUAGCAAUUAUACGAACUAUGGGAAUUUCAAUGCUCUCCAAAGCCAAGGGAUUCUGCGGUAUAGUUCCGCAGCAGUGACUGCUAAUGAAGGACUAAACCAGACUGUACUAAGCACCAGCUCCAUGCACAAACACACCAGUGACUCUGUAAGAACAGCCAGCAACCAGCUAGAUCAGCACUACAGGCCCACAAACUUCGAAUCUAAAAAAGAUCCCAGUGAAGUCUGCACAGUAGGAGUACAACCAUACCCAUAGAUGUGCAGUCAGACAGCAAUGCAAGUAGAUGUCACAAUUGGUUUGAAAAAAGUCAGCAAGCCAUCACCUCUUCCCCUGCUAAUAAGUAUUACAAAUAUCUAAAUCCGGAUCACACUCUGUGCCACUGUAGAAACGAAGAUCAACAGAACACUAUUAAAGCUCCAUAUAUUUUUAAUACAAAGAGAUCUCCCUUGGACAUAUGUGAAAUUCUUGGUAUAGUAUAGUUACCCCGAUCUUGUGACUCUCUGCAAACAAUGAUCUGUUUUCUCAGGAUAUCUUGACUUGAUCACUUCAUUGCCACGACAUGUAUUCAAUAGGUGUGAUAGAAUAAAUUGUGAAGAAUGGAGAGAAGAAAAUAUUUGUGAAAGAUGUAUACAAUAGAGACCAUAAUUCCUAAAUGAGGAACUGGAGUACUUAAAAUAUCGGGUUAAAAGGAAACAAAAAAGUGUAAAGAAAAAACACAGAUUUGAUAUUUAUUUUUGUAAUGAUGAUAUUAAAGCUUAUAGUAAUUUAUGCAAGUUGUAUUGCAAAGAAAUUCCCAAACUUGUUUUUGUAAAUAAAUGUUGCCUGGUUUUUAUUUGAAAACAAAA